AACAUAAUCCAAACCAAUCUAGCUAGAUGAGCACAUGCCUAUUGAUGAGAUGCUAGCACAAUUUUGCUUCCAUCCCCACUAAUAUCUUACAUGUCUUUUUGUCAUAAGAGACCAUUCUUUUGGCUAUAAAUAGGAGCCAAGACUUAAGGCAGUAAUAAAAUUAAAAAACCACACCAUUAAAACUCUGUUUGGCUCUCUUAGCUGCAGUUUCUGCUUCACUUCUCCUUCUCAUGGAACCCAACGUCAACCCAAUCACACUUCAAAAAAAGUGCCUUUCAUCUUCUCUUAAUGCUAAAAUCGAAGGAUUAGGAACAGAAACACUAGUUUUUGCUCAUGGGUAUGGAACAGACAAGUCCAUUUGGGACAAAAUCACCCCCUUCUUUGUUGAAAACUACAGAGUUGUUGUUUUUGAUUGGGCUUUUUCAGGAGCUGUUGAAGAUGAGAGCCUGUAUGAUCCUGUCAAGUACUCUUCUUUGGAAGCUUUUGCAGAUGACUUGCUCGCUCUCAUGGAUCAGAUGGACCUCAAAGAUGUCACCUUUGUUGGUCAUUCCAUGUCUGGAAUGAUCGGUUGCUUAGCUUCCAUUCAAAGACCUCAGCUCUUUAAGAGGUUGAUUCUCCUUGGUGCUUCUCCCAGGUACAUAAAUACAGAUGACUAUGAGGGGGGUUUCACAAGCUCAGACAUUGAGCAAUUAUUGGUUAACAUAGAGUCCAACUAUGAAAACUGGGCUUCGGCUUUCUCCUCACUAGUAGUGGAUCCAAAUGAUGAGCCCUCAGUGAACAAAUUCAGAGAGUGCUUGAAAAGAAUGAGAGGUGAAGUUCCAGUGUCCUUAGCCAAAACUGUGUUCUGUUGUGACUACAGAGAUAUACUUGAGAAAGUUGAAACAGCAUGCACCAUCAUUCAGUCCUCUAAUGACAUGGUUGUUCCAUAUAGUGUAGCACUUUACAUGGAGAAGAAAAUUAAAGGGAAAGUUACAUUGGAGGUGAUAGACACUGUUGGCCAUUUUCCUCAGCUCACUGCACACCUUCAAUUAAUUGAUCUGAUUAAGGGUGUUCUGGGUUUUGGCCUCACUCAAAAUCUAGAUAUGCCUUAGCUUGUUCUGUAGUUAGUCUCAAUUUCAGUCAACUUGUCACCAUAUUUGUAUGAAUCUGUUCUGAAUGUUGAUGUCAGUGUAGGAGUAUUGUAUGGUUUUUUGGGCAGUGCUGUGAAAAUAGUGUGGUAUAUGUUAAUUAAUCAAUGUUUGUACUUUUGAAUUAGUGGCCUAUUUCCUUUUGUUGCCUGAUGUAUUUUUUUUUUAAGGUUGAUGUCAGUGUAGGAGAAUUACAUGGUUUAUUGGGAUAAUGGUGUGGAAAUUGUGUAAUAUCUGUUAAUUAAUUAGCUUUGAGGAAGUUUAACUUUUCA